AGGCACAGACAGGAAGUUCCGGGUGAGAGGUGAAGUGGGGAGGAUGAGGAGGGAGAGACAUUGCUGGAACUGGCAGCUGAGGAGGUGAAUCUAGGAGAAAGGAUCGGGAGGUUGGAGAAGUCGUACUUUCUAGAACAAUUUACAUCCAAGGUAACAAGUUUGGAGUAAUCGAGGACAACACUUAUAGGUACAAAGACGCAAGGAUUAUAAAAUAGUGAAGAAAACCUCUGGUGAUCCAUUAACACCCAGCAGUCGUCUUCACAGGACAUCACCCAUCACAGUGCCUCCACCUCACUGUCUGACAACAGAGGUAACCAGUGCCAAGAAAAUUAAAGAAGUCACCAAAGAGAUCACUGAACUGCUGACAGGUGGAGGUUCCUAUAAGGUGUCAGGAGGUCACUGUCUAUUUCUCAAUGGAGGAGUAUUCAGAAGGACAGAAGGACUUCCCCAAGGACAUCACGAUGGACAAUCGGCAGCCCCUCACAUCACCGGAUGGACCCAGUAAGAGAAAACCACCAAAGAGAUGUCCCCGUCCUCUGUCCCGGGAUACCAAACGGGAAGAUCCCACCUUUUCUCAUGACGAUCAGGGUGAAGAACUGAAAGCCAUCAAAGUUGAAGAGGAGGAAGAAGAAGAGAUGUUUGUGAGUGGAGCUCUGAAGUCUAUGGAGGAGGAUGAUUCACCGUUUUCCCAGGAUUCUACACAAGAAGAUAACUAUACAGAGUAUGAUCAGAGUGAGGAACUGAAGGACAUCAAAAUUAAAAUUAAAGAGGAAGAAGAAGAAGAAGAAGAGACAAUUAGCAAUGAAGCUCAGUCUGUGGUGAAUGACCCUUCUCUUUAUAUUGACACAUAUGGAAACUAUUUCGGGAACUCCAAUGAAAGACGUCCUGUAUUAUCUCCAGGUAAUAAUUCAGAAGAUAACGUCACCACACAAUCUUCUCCAGGACUGAAUCCCACAACUCAAAAUAUAACUCGAUCCCACAUCCAUUUGGAGAGAUCCAUGGAUUCCUCUAACCCUGUGGAAUCAUCUACUAAUUUAAAUACGGUUACUUCAGAUUCAUUUGUACGAACUCAUGGUGCGGAGAAGCCAACAGAUCCAUCUAAUUCCAAAGCAUUUUCCUUCACCCCUGAAGGAUUUCACACAGGGGAGCGUUUAUUCACAUGUAUGCAGUGCGGGAAAUCUUUCAAUCAUAAAAGAAAGCUUGUUAGGCACCAGAGAAUUCACACGGGUGUGCGCCCCUAUGCAUGUUCCGAGUGCGGCAAAUGUUUUUCUGUAAGGGGAAAACUUCACAUACACCAGAGAAUCCACACAGGUGAGCGUCCCUUUUCAUGUUCAGAGUGCGGGAAAUGUUUCUCUGAGAAAGGGAAACUUCAUUUGCACCAGAGAAGUCACACGGGGGAGCGUCCUUAUUCGUGUUCGGAGUGCGGGAAAAGUUUUAAUCAGAAAGGGAACCUUCUUAAGCACCAGAGAUGUCACACGGGCGAGCGUCCCUAUUCGUGUUCAAUCUGUGGGAAAUGUUUCAUCGAGAAAAACGCACUUCUUAUACAUCAGAGAAUACACACAGGCGAGCGUCCCUAUUCGUGUUCAGAGUGCGGGAAAUGUUUCAUUCAGAAAGGUAACCUUCUUAAACAUCAAAAGCGUCACACAGGCGAGCGUCCCUUUUCGUGUAAAGAGUGUGGGAAGUGUUUCACUAAGAAAACCGCUUUUAUUACACACCAGAGCACACACACAGGCGCGCGUCCCUAUUCCUGUUCGGUGUGUGGGAAAUGUUUCCUUAUGAAAAAUGCACUUGAUAGACACAGCAAGAUUCACACAGGUGAGGGUCCUUAUUCAUGUUCAGAGUGUGGGAAAUGUUUCAUUCAGAAAGCCAACCUUCUUAAACACGAGAGAUGUCACACAGGUGAGAGUCCCUUUUCAUGCUCAGAGUGCGGGAAAUUUUUUACUGACAAAAAUAUACUUCUCAUCCACCAGAGAAGUCACACAGGUGAGCAUUCCUAUUCAUGUUUAGAGUGUGGGAAAAGUUUUGCUCAUAAAGGAGAGUUUCGGAAGCACCAGAAAAGUCACAUGAAUGAGCCUCCGUAUUCGUGCUCGGAGUGUGGGAAAGUCUUCACUGACAAAACAUUAUUUCUUACACACAAAAAAGAUCACCAGGGCGAACGUUCCUUUUCAUGUCCAGAGUGCGGGCGAUCUUUCACUCAGAAAGGAAACCUUCUUAGACACCAGAGAAUUCACACAGGCGAGCGCCCUUUUUCGUGCUCAGAGUGCGGUAAAUGUUUCAUUCAGAAAAGAGACCUCUUUAGACACCAGAGAUGUCACACUGGUGAGCACCCUUUUUCAUGCUCUGAGUGCGGGAAAUGUUUUACUGACAAAAAUGUCCUCCUCCUACACCAGAAAAUUCACACGGGUGAGCGGGACCAUACGUGCUCGGUGUGCGGGAAAUGUUUCAUUCAGAAAAAUUCACUUAUUAGACACCAGAGGGUUCACACGGGUGAACGUCCCUAUUCGUGUUCAGAUUGCGGAAAAUGUUUCAUUCAGAAAGUAGACCUUAUUGACCACCAAAGGAUUCACACUGGGGAUCGCCCUUUUGCAUGUUCAGAGUGCGGGAAAAGUUUCAGCUACAAAAAAUCACUUAGUACGCACAUGAGAACUCACAUGUUCCAGGUAAUCAUUAAAGAGGAGGACAUAGAAAUGACGAUCCUCUAAAUUUUUUAAAUAAUUUUUUUAGCUACACUUGCAGCAUUGUUCUGUAUUCAGAUACUCACCUGCUUAGUGGAUCUAUAGUUGUCCUGCUGCGACCCCCUGAUCAGAUGAAGCAACCCCGAUCCUCUGCUGCCAUUUUGGACCUCCUUAGUCAUCAGAAGCCGGUUGCCUCUUCUGGGUUCAAACAGCCACCCUUUGAUCGAUGGCUGUAAAUUCCUACACCUUCGGCCUCCUGGUAUGUAAUGAUGAAUACCAGGAGGCCGUGUCAGCAGGGCCACACCAUUUUCAUGAGAAUGGCGGCAGGUGGGCCAGGACUAAGAGGGUAACAGUUGAGUAGGGAGCUUCACAUGCUCUGGGGGAUGACGGUUCGCUUUAACUAUAAAGUCAUUUAAUCCUUUUUCUCUUCACUUAUAAAAGGUUUAAUUUAGUUAUGCGCUUUGUUGUAAUCACUUAUUCUGAAAUAAACCAGAAAGCUCUGCACUUUG